AGGAGAGAUCUGCUGUGAGUGUGAGCUGAGAAAGAAUUCCGGCUUUCUGAUACCUGCAGUUCCAUCAGGGAGUUCACUCUGGCUGAUUUCGUUCCUGGGGUUCUAGGAGGACAUUAAACAUUGGGAACAUGGGAUCAUGGGAGUGAGAUCGUUGUCCUGCAGUUCUGAGGGGAGUCCAGGAAUGACCCCAGGAUUUGGGAUCAGCAUCCCAGGAUGUUUCCAGAGAUCUUCCAGCUGAAGCUGCCCCCUGCACAGCUGACCGCAGUUCCCCUCCUCAGCCCCUCACAGAAGAACUUUUCCCAUGUGUUGCUUUGUGCCCUAAGUGUCCCCUCAGUGUGUCUCUCUUUGUCCCCCAGUGUCCCACACUGCUCCUGGUGGCCCCUCCCCACCAUGGCCCUCCUGGCUCACACCCUGGCACUGCUGGCAAUGACUGUGGCCACUGUGGCCAUCGAGGUGGUGCCGCUGGACAUGGCCGAGGACUCCUUCGAUGACCAGUAUGAGGGCUGUGUCCCUGCCAUGAAUGCAAAGUUGGCGGACCUCUACAACUCCGAGUUUCAGAUGAAUCCUGUGUUUGCCUGGGGCUGGUUAACUGCUGGUGCUGAGUGGCACAGGAGGGGCUCUCCUGUGUCCCCUCUGACAUCCCAUUGGCAGGCCGUGGCUCUCCUGGCCUACACGUCAGAGGACGUGUACAAGGAGUUCAACGCGGCCAUGCGCACGGCAGGGCGCUCCCGCCAGGAAUACCGGAACAACUUCCACUUCAAAACACUGCAUUUCCUACUGACCGAUGCUGUGAUGACGCUGAGGCACGCUCAGAACGGGCAGUGUCACCACGUGUUCCGGGGUGUGCAUGACAUUCGUUUCAAGGCAUGGCAAGGCCAGAGGGUCCGGUUUGGUCAAUUCACAUCGACGUCACAGAGCAGAGAGGUUGCUCUGAAAUUUGGGACAGACACGAUAUUCGAGGUGCACACGUGCCAUGGUGUGGACAUCCGUCAGUUCUCCAUGUUUCCAGGGGAGGAGGAGGUGCUGAUCCCGCCAUACGAGAUGUUUGAGGUCACCAAAGUCAUCUGGGACGGGAUGAGGACAUGGAUCACUCUCUACUCCGUGGGGACUUACAGCAAAUACAACUGCGAGGUGGGAGCAUCCCUGGGAUCUUCUGAGCUCUAGGCCACCAAGAUCACCGAGGUCACUGAGGU